AUGACUCGCAUGAUUGUUUACAGCGUGGCGCUUGGUGUCUUUGUCGCUGCCACUGUCAUGACGAUAACAUCGAUACUGACGCCCAACUGGGUUACUUACACGGUGUCGGCCGAAAACACCAACGCGACUUUCAGCCACCACAUGGGCCUGCACCAGUCGUGCUCUUCGACCGCAGACCCCAACUGCCGCCGUUUCCCCGAUGACGAUGACUGCCGCGGUGACCAAUUCUUCUGCAGCAUGUGGCGGAGCAGCGGCUUCUUGAUGUCCUUUGCCACCAUCGUCGAGCUCGCCACCGCCGUCUCCUUCGUCGUCGUCAUGGCCGGCGGGAAGUACAAGCGCGAGGAGGGCUGGAAGCUAAUCGGGGGAUUGUUGUUGGCUGAUGCUGUCAUCGAGUUCUUUGGCAUGGGUCUGAUUGCCUACCUCUUCGACCACGACCAGAUGUUCACUGUGCCAGGAUGGAAGCUGGACUACUCGUGGAUUCUCUGCACCGUUAGUGCCAGCGUAUCGGUGCUCCUCGCCAUCGUUCUCGGGACAUCUGCGUAUUUGCUUCCGCCGGAAGACGACUAUGAAUACCUGGAAGACCCUAUCGACGACGUUUAG